GCGCAUGUGCGAGAAAAUUUGCAUAAUGCGAAUGCGAUCUGACGCCGCCGCGCCUUGAAAAGCUACGAUUGGUGCAUAUAUGCAAGAAUAAAAUUCAGCAAGGAUCGGUUUAUAUGAGAGAAUAAAGAUUUAGCUUUAUCGCGGAUUAUCGAAAGGGUAAUAAUGGUUUAUUUAACAAAUUUCUGUUCACGUAGCUUAGGAUUUUUGCGUAUUUUUGACGAUUUCAAUUAGUGAAGGGGAAGUAUGUCUGUCAUGUAAGAGAAAUGGAAUGGAUUUUAAUUUUUAACUUUUAAUCAUUCUAACUGCUAAGGAUUACUUAAAUUUAUUUCUUUAAACAAUUUUUUACGGAUUGCACCAGGAAAUUUUCUUUAAUUUUAACUGAAAGCCGGCCUGUGUGCAUUGAUUAUGAAUGAAAGAUGGCGUUUAAUAGAUCUCUGAAUUUGCACUCGUUUCAGCCGCGUUGAUACCAGUGCCUUUAGGGAGAUACGCGAAUAUCCGUAAAGAACGUAGAAGAAUUAUUCCUAAGAGGUGAGUUAACUAAUCAAAAGAUUAGAGAUUGAUAAAAAAAAUUAGCCGCCGAUUGUGUAGAACAAAAUGGCGCGCUUUCUCAUUAGUCUAGGAGCGAAGUGUGAUGGGUUUUCCGGUUUUACUCUAAUGUGACAAUUAGUUGUCUCUUUUAAAACCUCGAUUUUGUGUUCCCAUUGAGCUAGUGAUCUGCUCAGUAGCCUAGAAGUAGAAGACUACGGGGAAUAUAUGACGUCAUUGUUUUGACGUCAUCGUAACCAGGGCACCUAGGAUGAAAUAAUCGGUAUUAAGCAGGGUGUGGUUGGAUGCUUUUAUGUGUAGGUUUGACAGCAACGUGUGAAUGUAAUAUGUGAUUUUCAGGCUAAUAGAGUUAGUGUGAAUGUAAGAAGAGCGCAAGAUGACUGAAUUGGAACAGCUAAGGCAGGAAGCUGAACAGCUCAAGAAUCAAAUUAGGGAGGCACGUAAAGCUGCAGCGGAUGCAACGCUUAGUCAAGCUGCCGCCUCUGUCGAUCCGGUUGGUAGGAUUCAAAUGCGAACUAGACGGACUCUUCGCGGACAUCUAGCUAAGAUUUAUGCAAUGCAUUGGGGAAGCGAUUCGAGAAAUUUAGUAUCUGCCAGUCAAGAUGGCAAAUUGAUUGUUUGGGAUGGCUACACAACGAAUAAAGUGCACGCUAUUCCGCUUCGAUCCUCGUGGGUAAUGACUUGCGCCUACGCACCUAGCGGAUCCUAUGUAGCGUGCGGUGGCCUGGAUAACAUUUGUUCGAUAUACUCACUCAAGACUAGAGAAGGAAACGUCAGAGUGUCGAGGGAACUACCAGGACACACGGGCUAUCUAUCCUGUUGCCGUUUCAUUGACGAUAACCAGAUAGUUACCUCGUCUGGCGAUAUGUCCUGCGCUUUGUGGGACAUCGAAACAGGCCAACAGACGACCAGCUUUCAGGGCCAUACUGGAGACGUGAUGAGCUUGAGUUUGGCUCCGGAUAUGAGAACUUUUGUAUCUGGAGCAUGUGACGCUUCGGCCAAAUUGUGGGACAUUCGGGACGGUAUGUGUAAGCAGACUUUUUCCGGACAUGAGUCUGACAUAAAUGCUAUCACGUUUUUUCCCAAUGGCCACGCUUUCGCUACCGGAUCAGAUGACGCUACAUGUAGGCUAUUCGAUAUCAGGGCUGAUCAAGAGAUCGGCAUGUAUUCGCACGACAACAUAAUUUGCGGUAUUACAUCCGUGGCGUUUUCCAAAUCGGGUCGCCUUCUGUUGGGUGGCUAUGAUGAUUUCAAUUGUAAUGUUUGGGAUACGUUAAAACAAGAUAGAGCUGGCGUUCUCGCUGGACAUGACAAUAGAGUAUCCUGUUUGGGUGUCACUGAAGACGGUAUGGCCGUAGCUACUGGAUCGUGGGACAGCUUUUUGAGAGUGUGGAAUUAA